GGCAUCCCCUCUCUGCUUCUCUCUCUCUCUCUCUCUCUCUCUCUAGGGUUGGAAUUAGGUUCCUUCCUUCUCUUUCCAUUCGGUGGCCAUAACAUUCUGCCACCGUCAAUGCUCUGUGGAGACCUAGGGUUUCAGUUCUCCUCUUCUCCACAUUCUUCUCCAAGCGCGGCCUAUGGACGCCAAGCGGCACUCUAACAGCUCUUACUCCUACUCCAAUCUCUUCAAUCUCGAGUCUUUGGUGAACUUUCCACUGCCACAACAAGAUGAUGGUUUUGAUUAUUAUGGGAAUAGUAGUCAGGAUGAGAGCAGAGGUAGCCAAGGUGGAGCCAUGGGGAGUCGCAGUAAUGGGGUUAUGUCAAAGAGGGACUUGAAGCUGGCUAAGAAAAAAAGAGGGAACAGAUAUAGUAGCGACGAGGACGAGGACAGCAGUUACGCUGUUCAUAUUACAGAGGAAAAGUAUAGGGCAAUGCUUGGAGAACAUAUCCAGAAGUACAAGAGGAGGCUCAACAAUUCCUCUGCAAGUGCUGCAUCUGCCCGAAUUGGGACUAAAAGUAGUUCCAAGGGUCGGAAAUCAGGAACUGAGCAUCGGGGAGGAUUACAUGAAACUGAAACAUCUGAUUUUAUCAAUGAUGUGAGUCCCCAAAAGCUGGGGAACUAUCAUGAAGUGGAUUUUGCUCCAGAAUAUGCCAUUGAUAGAUCAAUUUAUGAACCAGCUUUACUGGAUAUCGGGAAUGGAAUUACUUAUAGGAUACCUGCAACAUAUGAAAAGUUAGCGUCAUCACUCAACUUGCCUAGCAUGUCAGAUAUUCAGGUGGAGGAGUUUUACCUGAAGGGCACUCUUGACCUGGGUUCCUUGGCUGCAAUGAUGGCAAAUGACAAGAGGUUUGGGCCCCUAAGUCGGGCAGGGAUGGGUGAAGCACGGCCCCAAUACGAAUCACUUCAGGCAAGAUUGAGGGCCAUGUCUGCUGGCAACUCAAGUCAGAAGUUCAAUCUGAAAGUCAGUGAAAGUGGGUUGGAUUCAUCUUCCAUUCCCGAGGGAGCAGCUGGAGGAAUAAAGAGAUCUAUAUUGUCAGAGGGUGGAAUGUUGCAGGUGUACUAUGUAAAGGUGUUGGAGAAAGGAGAUACAUAUGAGAUUAUAGAACGAAGUUUACCUAAGAAACAAAAAGUGGAGAAAGACCCUUCUAUGAUUGAGAAGGAAGAAAUGGAGAAGAUAGCAAAAUUUUGGGUAAACAUUGUAAGAAAAGACAUACCAAAACACCAUAGGAAUUUUACAAACUUCCACAAGAAGCUAACAGCUGAUGCCAAGAGAAUCUCAGAAACUUGUCAAAGAGAGGUGAAAAUGAAGGUGAGCAGAUCACAUAAGUUAAUGAGGGGUGCUGCAAUUCGCACAAGAAAACUGGCCAGAGACAUGCUGUUAUUCUGGAAGCGAGUUGAUAAAGAGAUGGCAGAAGUGAGGAGAAGAGAGGAAAGAGAAGCUGCAGAAGCUUUGAAGCGUGAACAGGAGCUUCGUGAAGCAAAGAGACAGCAGCAGAGGCUCAAUUUUCUGUUGUCACAAACUGAACUUUAUAGUCAUUUUAUGCAAAACAAAUCUAGUUCACAGCCCUCUGAACCGUUGCCUGUGGGUGAUGAUGAAUUAAUUGACCAAGAAAUGCUUUUGAGUUCCUCAGAACCUCAACCUGGAGAUGAAGAAGAUCCCGAGGAGGCUGAAUUGAAAAAGGAAGCACUGAGAGCUGCUCAAGAUGCAGUUUCAAAGCAGAAAAAACUAACAAGUGCAUUUGACACUGAAUGUUUGAGGCUGCGACAAGCUGCUGAUUUGGAGGCUCCUCAGCAGGAUCCGUCAAUUUUGGGAUCUAGCAACAUAGAUUUGUUGCAUCCCUCGACCAUGCCUGUAAAAUCAUCAGUGCAGACACCAGAGUUAUUCAAAGGUUCCCUCAAAGGAUAUCAGCUAAAAGGCCUUCAGUGGCUCGUAAAUUGUUAUGAACAGGGUUUAAAUGGUAUUCUAGCUGAUGAAAUGGGUUUGGGAAAGACUAUUCAAGCCAUGGCUUUCUUGGCUCAUUUGGCUGAAGAAAAGAAUAUCUGGGGGCCUUUCUUGGUUGUUGCACCUGCCUCUGUGUUGAACAAUUGGGCUGAUGAAAUUAGCCGUUUCUGCCCUGACCUGAAAACUCUUCCCUAUUGGGGUGGACUUCAAGAGCGGAUGAUACUUAGGAAAAACAUCAACCCAAAGCGUCUCUAUCGUCGUGAAGCUGGAUUUCACAUUCUCAUUACCAGCUACCAGUUGCUAGUGUCUGAUGAGAAGUACUUCCGUCGAGUGAAAUGGCAAUACAUGGUAUUAGAUGAAGCCCAGGCAAUUAAAAGUUCAAACAGUAUAAGGUGGAAGACAUUGCUCAGUUUCAAUUGUCGGAACCGCUUGCUUCUGACUGGUACACCAAUCCAGAAUAACAUGGCAGAGUUGUGGGCUCUGCUACAUUUCAUUAUGCCAACCUUAUUUGACAGCCAUGAACAGUUUAAUGAGUGGUUUUCAAAAGGGAUUGAGAGUCAUGCUGAGCACGGGGGCACUUUAAAUGAGCACCAGCUUAACAGAUUGCAUGCCAUUCUAAAGCCUUUCAUGCUUCGGCGGGUUAAAAAAGAUGUGAUAUCUGAGUUAACUACUAAAACUGAGAUCAUGGUGCACUGCAAGUUGAGUUCCCGGCAGCAAGCUUUCUAUCAAGCUAUAAAGAACAAGAUAUCUCUUGCUGAGUUGUUUGACAGCAACCGUGGGCAUCUUAAUGAGAUAAAAAUUAUGAAUUUAAUGAAUAUUGUCAUUCAGUUGAGAAAGGUUUGCAACCAUCCUGAGUUGUUUGAAAGAAAUGAAGGAAGUAAUUACCUUUAUUUUGGAGAAAUUCCGAAUUCUCUUCUGCCCCCUCCCUUUGGGGAGUUGGAGGAUGUAUACUACUCUGGAGGUCGAAAUCCAAUUACAUACAAGAUUCCAAAGCUGGUCUACCAAGAAGUGAUUCACAGUUCCAAUACACUUUCCUCUCCAUUCCGUCGUGGUGUUAGCAGAGAAUUAUUUGAGAAGCAUUUUAGCAUUUUCUCCAUGCAAAAUAUUCAUCAAUCUAUGCUUCCAGAAGGGAAUGUCUCAGAUGGAUGUCUUGCUCGAAGUGGAACUUUUGGUUUUGCUCACUUGAUUGAUUUGUCCCCAACAGAGCUUUCUUUUUUGGCAACUGGUUCUUUAAUGGAGAGAUUAUUGUUUUCCAUUAUGAGAUGGGAUCGCCAAUUUUUGGAUGAUAUCCUUGACUUCCUUGUGGAAGCUGAGAAUGAUGAUCUUGAUUGUAAUAAACUUGGGAGAGAAAAAAUAAGAGCAGUCACUCGAAUGUUGCUGCUGCCGUCAAAGGCCCAAACUAAUCUACUAAGGAGGACACUCGCAACAGGUCCUGGCGAAGCUCCAUUUGAGGCUUUAGUCAUGUCACAUCAGGAUAGGCUUCUAACACAUGUCCAGCUUCUUCAUUCAGCCUACAGUUUUAUUCCUAGAGCCCGUGCACCCCCUAUCAAUGCCCACUGCUCCGAUAGAAAUUUUGCUUACCAAAUGCUUGAAGAGUUUCAUCUCCCUUGGGUUAAGAGGUUGUUGGUUGGAUUUGCUCGGACAUCUGAUUGUAAUGGCCCAAGGAUGCCUAAUGGUCCUCCUCACCAGUUGAUUGAAGAGAUUGAAACUGAAUUGCCUGUUGUGCAACCUGCUCUGCAGUUAACGUAUAACAUAUUUGGUUCAUGUCCACCCAUGCAAAGCUUUGACCCUGCAAAAAUGCUUACAGACUCUGGGAAGCUUCAAACACUGGAUAUCUUGUUGAAACGCUUGCGGGCAGAAAACCACCGUGUUCUUUUAUUUGCACAGAUGACAAAAAUGCUGAAUAUUCUUGAGGAUUAUAUGAAUUACAGGAAGUAUAGAUACCUAAGGCUGGAUGGAUCCUCCACCAUAAUGGAUCGUCGAGACAUGGUCAGGGACUUCCAGCAUAGGAGUGACAUUUUUGUCUUUUUGCUGAGUACAAGAGCUGGUGGACUAGGCAUCAAUCUGACAGCUGCUGACACUGUUAUUUUCUAUGAGAGUGAUUGGAACCCAACCCUAGAUUUACAGGCCAUGGAUAGAGCUCAUCGGCUUGGUCAGACCAAGGAUGUCACUGUUUAUCGGUUGAUCUGUAAAGAAACAGUUGAAGAGAAGAUUUUGCAGAGAGCAAGUCAAAAGAACACUGUACAGCAGCUUGUCAUGACAGGUGGUCAUGUACAAGGCGACCUCUUGGCUCCUGAGGAUGUUGUUUCAUUACUAAUUGAUGAUGCUCAAUUGGAGCAGAAAUUGAAAGAGAUUCCUCCACAGGCCAAGGAUAGACAAAAGAGAAAAGGAGGCACAAAGGGCAUACGGAUAGAUGCAGAAGGUGAUGCAUCUUUGGAAGAAUUUACAAAUAAUGGAUCACAGGGAAAUGGGGUCGAUGCCUCUCCUGAUCCUGAGAAAGCAAAAUCUAGUAGCAAAAAGAGGAAACCAACAACUGAGAAGCAAACUCAUCCAAAACCAAGGCCACACAACGUUCCAAGAGAUGCUGAUUCGUCAUCCCCCAACUCUAGGCCACUUGACUACGAGUUGGAUGAUUAUCCUGAUGCACCACAGACGAAACCAAAGAGGUCAAAGAGGCCAACCAAGAGCGUGAAUGAAAAUCUUGAACCUGCAUAUACUGCUCCUCCUAUGGUGGCUCUAGAGCAGACGCAAAUGCCAUCGUUCCAUGAACCGAGUUCUAGUAUUAGAACAGGAACAGAGGAAGAUAUUGCAGGGCACAGUAACAACUUGCCGUCAGAGUAAUCAAUUGUACACAAGGUGUGGUGUCUACUCAAAUCAACCCAUGUUCUGUUGAGGGAUUGAAGCUCAAGUAUGGAGAUAGCAGCUGGGAAAAGAGAAUGUCGGGACCCCUUUUGAGGACCUCUGAAGCAGAGUGUCGCGAGAAAAGACCAUAAGUUGGUGAUAGUUUUGUACAGAUUAUUUGUUCAGAAAGAGUUGAGAGACUUCUUACUCUUCUAGCUCCGAAGGCUUUUAGCAUGUAUAGUUAGGCCAUCUCUUUGGGUGGUUAUUAUGGUUGUAGAGAUAACAUUAGGCCAAAGAUUUUGUGAACUGUGGAAAGCUGCAUAAAAGUUCUUUAUUUGGAUGGGCUG